UCCCCUGCAGCAGCAGCAGCAGCGAGCUAAGCUAAGCUCUUCGAGCUGCAGCAACCUUAGCUAGCUAGAUCGAGCUAGUGAGAGAUCGAUCUUGUAGCUGGUGAGAUCGGCCAUGGUGGAGACGACGACGAUGAUGAAGGUGUUGGUGAGGGUGAGGGAGUUCGACGUGGAGAAGGACUUGCCGGCGGUGGAGGAGCUGGAGCGGCGGUGCCAGGUCGGCCUGUCCGGCGACAUGGCCGCGGUUCACGACCACGCCGACGACGGCGACGGCGCCGCCGCCAAGGAGAAGAAGAAGACCAAGACGAAGACGAAGAAGAAGAAGGCGAGCAUGUCUCUCUGCGUCGAGCAGAUCGGCGACCCGCUCGCCAGAGUCCGCCACGCCCCGGAACACGUCAUGCUGGUGGCGGAGUACGGCGAGGAGGAGGAGAAGAAGAAGGUGGUGGGUGUGAUCAAGGCGUGCGUGAAGACGGUGAGCCGUGGCGGGAAGCAGGAGAAGCCAUUCGUGAAGGUCGCCAACCUCCUCGGCCUCAGGGUGUCGCCAUCUCACAGGCGGCUGGGGAUCGGGACGGCGCUGGUGAGGCGGGCGGAGGAGUGGUGCGUGGCGAGGGGAGCGGAGCACGCGACGAUGGCGACGACGGAGUCGAACGCGGCGUCGCUGGCGCUGUUCACGGGGAGGUUCGGGUACGCGCCGUUCAGGCGGCCGGAGUUCAUCGGCCACCCGGUGCACGCGCACCGGCUGCCGGUGGCGAGGGGGCACCGCGUGUUCCAGCUGCCCCCCGAGGUCGCCGCGGCGGCGUACGCGCGGCUGCUCCCGCCGCAGGACGCCGAGUUCCUCCCCGCCGACAUGCCCGCGCUGCUCGCACACAAGCUCACCCUCGGCACCUUCGUCGCCGUCGCCGCUGACGGCGCGUCGUUCGCCGUGCUCAGCGUCUGGGACUCCACACGCUCGCUCAGCCUCCGCGUGAGCGGCGCCCCGGCGCUGCUCCGCGCGUCGCUCGCCGCGCUCCGGGCGCUCGACCGCGGUGCGCCGUGGCUGCACCUCCCCUCCAUCCCGGACAUCUUCCGCCCCUUCGGCGCCUACCUCCUCUACGGCCUCCGCAUGUCCGGCCCGGACGGCCCGGCGCUGCUCCGGUCGCUCUGCCACCACGCCCACAACGUCGCCCGCAAGAACCCGGCGUGCGCCGUCGUCGCCGCCGACAUCUCCCCCGACGACCCGGCCGCCGCCGCCGUCCCGCGGUGGCGCCGCUUCUGCUGCGACGAGGACGUCUGGUGCAUCAAGAACCUCAACCCGGACGAACACGACGCCGACGACUGGGCGGCGCCGCCGCCGCCGCCGGGACGCCACCUCUUCGUCGACCCCCGCGAGUUCUAACCGACGGCGACGUCCACGCCACGCCAUGCCAUGCCAUGCCAUGCACGGCAGGAGGAGGCAGAGGCUAACCACCACCAUUUUCACCCACCAUCUCUGCCAAAUUUUGACAAAACACAUGUACAUACACUUGGCACUGCAAAUGGCAAUCACCUGCCUUGCCAUUUUCGGUGUAAGCUCCCCAAGCUAAAGUGGUCUAGUGUAACUGUAAGAGCAGCAACCAAUGGCUAGCUAGCUUAGUAGUAUCCAGCAUUAGUUGUCACUGUCAAUGCAAGAAAAAUUACUGUUGUUUCUUCAA